AACUUUGAUAAAACAGUGAUAAGAGAGAACAGAGUGACAAAACAGAAAAUCUUUAGCUCAAUCACCUGGAUGUCUUUAUCAAACGCAAAAACAGUUAACAGUGAAUAUGUGACUUAAUCUGAAGAAAAAUGCUCUUGAUGUUCUGAGAUUUACACUCAUGUCCAGAUAAACUAUGAUAAACCUGUGUGUAUAAAACUGGAGGAAACGUUGAGGUUAUUUAUCUGGUUUUGUGUCUUUGGCUGCGUUCAAGGGACAACAAUGAUGUGGAAACUGGCUUUUCCUUUCCUGGCAGCUCUGCUUGCUGUUGGGUUUGGUCUAGACACAGAAGGUUUUACCGAGUUGAAAGCCAACGAUCCAGGCGUCCAGACAGCUCUGAAGUUUGCUAUGGAUGAAUACAACAAAGCCUCCCCAGACGUUUACCUCUAUGUAGUGGUGAAGGUCAUCAGGGUUCAGAGAAAGUUUCUUGAAGGUUACAAGUACAUCCUAACUGUGAAAAUAGCAAGAACCGAGUGCAUCAAGGACAGCGGGGAUGGACCAUGUCCUGUCUUCACCGAUCCAGUUUGGCAAAUGGAAUAUCAAUGCAGAUUUGUUGUGUACAACAGUGUGUGGUUCCGUCGUUGGAUGCUGCUGGAAAAUAAAUGCUCCUAGGAGAAAACAACAGAAAAUCUUCUGAAUUGAAGUAUCUUUUAGGUUAACAUGAAAAUGAAACACUAAAAUACCAUUUAGCCAAUAAAACCUCGAGAUGAAAAA